GACAGCAACAGCACAGAGGCAAUGUCCACUUGCCAGCUGAACUGAGACUUAUUUCCACCAUGCAAUGGACAUUUUCAUUUGAUACAAUCUUUUAAAAUCUGAAAAAUAUGGAAUUCUGUCUUUGGAUUUUAUUUUUUAUGCUUUUUCCAGACUUAAAUGUAGGAUUGUUGUCUGACUACAAGAUCUGUGGGGAUCCAGAAUGUGAAAGUCCGAUGAGCAGAGUUCAGGCUGUAAAGAGCCAUGAAGGAAAGGAUUGCAGAUUCCUGAAUUUCAGACGAGGAGACACAAUUUUUGUGUACCACAAACUGACGGGGAAACGAGAAGACUUCUGGGCAGGCAGUAUUGACAAACAAUUUGGCUACUUCCCAAAGGAUGCAGUACGAGAGGAGGAAAUAUUUGCAACCAUGAGGAAAGUGCUAGAGACCCAGGAAUCUGAUUUCUUAUGUAUGGAUGAGUCUGGAUAUCCUCUUGACACGUCUCAUCUGGACACUGAUGAAGAUGAUGAUCUUAACUUUCAAGACCAUGAACCCGAAUCCAGCCAGAUUAGCCCACACUCUCAUGACACAAAUGCUCAAGGUACUUUGACGUCCACUGAAUCUACGGUAAAAGAAAGGGAAGAUGAAGGUGUCGAUGCAGCUGAACUUCUCGAAGACGAACUCAAGACUUCAGCAAUUCCAGAGCAACAAGGUGGGUCUCCCUCCUCAUCCUGGCUGCGUUCGUCUAUGACAGGAUGGUUAGGUUUUGCUAAAGAGGAGCAGUCAGGGGAUUCAGAACAAGAAGCGAGGGAAGAUGUGAAGGAGGAGACUAAAUCAGAAGCAUCACUCACAUCUUCUGUGACCGGCUGGCUGGGCUUUGGAGGAGAAGACAAACCUAACAAGGAUGAAGAUAGCGUGAAAGGUAGGGAAGAUACCUUUACCUCAACGAUGACUGGGUGGCUUGGCUUCGGUGAGGAGAAGAAAACUGUUGCUUUAGAAAACAAAGAAAAUGAAGAAACAGGUGAUGAGAAAGAGCCCACAGAGACAUUUAGGAGUAGGAGGAUGUCUCUGGACCUCGAAGGCAGCAAAUUACAGGAAGAGGAGAAGGAAGACAUGGGGACAAUGGGUUGGCUGGGCAGUGGGUUGGCGAGCAGGCUGGGGUUUGGCUCAAGUGGUCAGGAUUCAGAAAGAGAAGGUGUGGAAGUGCAGGAAGAGAAGCCAUCUAGUUCCUGGAUGGAGAUGGGAAUUGGGGACAUUUGGGGCAUUGGGGGUAGUAACACUGGAGCUGAUGGAAGUAAAGAAAGUGGUAUUAGGGAGACAGAAAGGGAUCAAAUGUUAGAACAAUCAUCUGGAUUUGAAAACGUGGAUGUCAGUCAAUCAGAAGCUUCAGUUACAGAAGAAAUAAAGGCUGAAAAUGUUCCUUACACACUACCGUUCGGUGCUGAAAGUGGUGAUGCUGCAGAAGAUAAUAUUGAUCAUUCAAACACAGAGGAUGCAAAUAAUUUAGAUAUUGAUGCAGGAAUUUUGAACAAAGAUGAUUCAAUUCAUAACUCUUCCCAAGUAGACGAUGAAAAUAUCGGUGAACAUAAUAUGAGAAAUGAACAAAUCAGUCAAAAUAAUGAGUAUACUGAGCGACCUGAAAUCAGUUCAGAUCCUGAUCACAGCUUAGAGGAAUUACAUUCAAACUCCAUGGAGCAACUUGAAGAUAGCAUGAAGGAAAGUGAAAACCAUGAGGUUCAAAUCGAGGCUCCGGGAAGUUUGGAGGAGGAAGGCGCUGAAGUAACAAACCAAGUUCAUAAAAUUGAAGGAUCCACUCUAAUGUCAGAAAACAGUCCAGCUAACAGGGAUAAUCAUAUAGAAGAGCAUUUUAACGAGGUGACAGGACAAUCUCAACAGGAAAUACUAGGAGUUCAGUCUGAAUUGCCUGAGGAGACUCAAGUCAGUGGUGAUCAGGUGGAAAGCAGUGGGCAGAGUCAGCUUGGCUCUUCCUCUCUUCAGGGAGAGGUAGGACUGCAGCAAGAAACACAAACACAAACUAUGGAAGUCACCUCUAACAAUGAUGGACCGUUACUUUCUGGAAAUACUGAAAGUCUGCAUGACAGUGUCUCAGAGGAGGGUUUGAGUGAAACCAAACCAAACAUUUACACGACUAAAGAGUCUCUACAGAUUGUAAGAGACGGUGAUGUUGACCGAUUCAAGGAAACUGUAAAAGACCAGCAUGAGCUAACUGAGGAAGAGACGUCAGAUUCUGAGAACGAAGAUUUCAAUGGAAAUCAAAUGAAAUCAACAAUAGUUUCUGAAAGAGAAACCGAAGAUGGGUUAAAAGAAGAGGAAAAGGUUCAAAUUGAUAAACAGGAAGAGGUAGAGGUGCAAGAACAGAUCGAGGAAGUAAAGCAAGAACAGAAAAUGAAAUUGGAGAGCUUAAAUAAACAGGAAACAGAGAAGGAAGAAGAGAUGGGAGAUAUUUCUGAGGAGGACAUGGAGUUAAGAGAGGAAGGGCAGGAGGAGAUAGAGGAGCUAGAGAAACCGGUAGAGGAGUUAUCAGAGCAUGGACAUCAGAUCAGAGAGGAAGAGAUAAAGGAAUCUGAGGAGCAAAACAAAAAAGAGGAGAAGGUAGAUGUUUUUGUGGAGAGCUCGAAUCAAGAGGGGAUGGAAUUGGCAGAAGAAAGGCAGAAAGACAUAGAAGAGGUGGAGGAGGGAGAAAAAAGCGUAGAGGAGUUACCAGAGCAUGGACAUCAGAUCAGAGUGGAAGAGUUAAAAGAAUUGGAGGAAGAAAAUGAAAAAGAGGAGAAGGUAGGUGUUUUUGUGGAGAGCUCAAAUCAAGAAGGGAUGGAGUUGGCAGAAGAAAGGCAGAAAGAGAUGGAAGUGGAGGGAGAAAAAUUAGAAACAGCAUUACUAGAGCAUGAGCAAGUCAGUGUAGAAAGGUUAAAGGAAUCAGUGGAGCCAAAUGAAAUAGGACAGGACGAAGAGGAGAAUAUGUCAGGUGUUUUCAGGGCAAGCUCAAGUCAGGAGGGGGCAGAGCUAGCAGAAGAAAGGCAGAAGGAAAUGGAGGAGGUGGAGGAGGGAGAGAAAAGCGUGGCGGAGUUAACAGAGGAUGGACAUCAGAUCAGAGUGGAAGAGUUAAAAGAAUUGGAGGAAGUAAAUGAAAAAGAGGAGGAGGUAGAUAUUUUUGCGGAUAGCUCAAAUCAAGAGGGGAUGGAGUUAGCAGAAGAAAGGCAGAAAGAGAUGGAGGAGCUAACGGAGGGAGAGAAAUGGACAACAGUAUUAGUAGAGCAUGGGGAAAUCCAGGUGGAAAGGUUAAAUGAAUCAGUGGAGCCAAAUGAAACAGAGCAGGAGGAGGAGAUGUCAGAAGUUUCUGAGGAGAGCUCAGGUCAGGAGGAGAUGGAGUUAACAGAAGAAAGGGAGAAGGAUGCGAAGAAGCUAAAUGAGGAAGACGAACAGGUAGAGGAGUUACAAGAGCAUGGACACCAGAUCAGAGUGGAAGAGUUAAAGGAAUUGGAGAAGCAAAAUGAAAAUAAGAUAGUAGAUGACUCUGGGGAAAUGGAGAACCAGCAAAUAGGAGAUGUGUUACUAGGGGAUGAGCAGGGAACUCUGGAAAGGUUAGAGGAAUCUGAGGAGCAAAAUAAACAAGCAAAAGAGGAAGUUGAAAACCAGGUUUGGGAGGAACGGUUAGAACACAAGCAGACUGACAUGCUGGAUAAUUCCAGCUUGGCUUCUUUGGCCUCUGAAACGAACACACAGACUGAAAUCCAAAAGGACGAGGAGCAGGAGGAGAAGGAAGUGGAGAAACAGAACAAAGAAGAGCUUGAGGAAGAAAACGAGCACCCAACGAAGGAAGUGGAGGAUGAUAAUGUUGAUGUAGAUGUGUUUGAGGAUGGAGAACGGACCGGAACGACAGUAAAUGAUGAUGGCGACUGGAAGGAAGACAGACAAGAUAAUGAUUUUGAAGAAGAAACCAGGAAAACCUUUGCUACAAAAACAGAAAAUGAACUUUACAAAGACAGAGAAGAAAUGCAUGACUCUGCUGAAAGUCAAGUUCAGACAGCUGAGCAAACUGAGUCCACAGAUCCACCUCAGGGAGCAGACAGUGAAAGCAGAGGAGCUUUUGGUCUUCUUAAAAACACUUUAGGAUUUUUCUCCCAAACACCCACCCCUGAGAUGUCCGAGUCCACCCAGUCUGUUCAUAAUGUCAACCCAAAUGAAGCUGAGCCUUCACAGCCUCACCCCUCCAUCACUCCAGAACUAGCGUCCCCCACAGAUUCAUUUCAUGCUGAAGUAACACACGCAGCAUUUCCCACAGAGCACCCGCAGACCGAUCCUCUUUCUGCUGAAAAACUCCCCAGCACCGCUCAUUUGGUCACCAAAGAACCAUCCAAAACAAAACCCCUAACUAAACAUUACAAAAAUCUCCUCCGCCACAUGAACGCGGACGAGGCAGUUAUCUUAGAGGACCUUUUCGGCCGACACAAACUGCAAUUUUUAGAUUACAUUUUGACGAGUUCGGAGGCCGCGACUGCAGAGGAUGAUCAGUCAAUACUGUUGGAUAUAGAAAGACUUCUGCAACACAACAUGGAGACUCUUGUGGCUCCCAGCAUGAGCAUCACUGAUGCACCGCAGGAGGACAAACAAAGGACCAGUGCAAUUAUUGCACUGCAGAAGCUGGAAACGUUAUUGAAAACAGUGAAGGAGACUGUCAGCACAGGAAUAUCAGAUGUCAGUAAUCAUCAAGUUGAGCACAGUUCAAGCCAAGAAAAGGAAGAUAACUCCAAAUCUGCUUCUUUACAUAAAGAUGAUGAUGAUGAUGAUGGCAAAUAUAAAGAUUGGAAUUAUGAGGAGGAGGAAAGAAGAGUUGAAGGAAGUAAAGAUAAUAUUGCAUCCCUCCAUCUCUCUCAGCCAGGAUCAAAACAGAAAGGGGUAAUCGAGCAAACUCUGGAGUUGAUUCAUCGGGUAGCUGAGGACUCCAAAAGUUGUGUUCAAGCAGUGAUGGAAAUCCUUGUUUGGAUUCAUGUGCAGGCUGUGUCACUAUUACCUGACGACAUGAGGCCAGGGCCAGACCUGUACGGUGUACCAUGGGAACCGGUAAUCUUCACUGUCCUGGUGGGACUGGUGACAUUCCUGUUGUUCACCAGAAGAUGUUACAGAUCUAUAAAGAGCAGACUGUAUCGAAAAAAGGAAGAGAGGCUGGCUGGACAACUUGCACAGCUGCUGGAUGAAAAGUGUAAAGUCCUUGAGACUCUCAGUCAGUGUCAAAAAGAGCAUGAUGACCUGGAAAAUGUACUCAGGGACGGCGGCGUUCUGGCUCAGACUCAAAAAUCCCAAGAUUUGGAGGGCCAAGCCGAACAGUUGGAACAGACUAAAAAGCAGCUGGGGACAGAUCUUGGACAACUGAAGGAGCAGCUGUCCCAGCAACAAGAACAUAGAAAGGAGCAAGAAAGGAGGAUAACUCUGCUUGAGGAAAGCAUGAAAGCAUGUGACGAAGAAACCAAAGAGCUCCAUUCAAAAGAGGAGCAGGCACAAACAACUCUGAAGGUUUACAGCAUGAACAGCGAGAGACUACAGAGAAACCUGGAAACGGCAGAAGAGGAGAACACUGUUCUGCAGGAGAGCAACAAUCAGUUGAAGCAGGAGGUGGAGGGAUGGGCAGAGAGAGUAAGCGAGCUGGAGGAGGAGAUGCGGAGGUGCGAGGUCGCCCACAGUGCGAUGUUGCAGGAUGUGGCUGUCAAGGACGAUCGUAUAACGUCCUUGACGGAUCGGCUGCUCCGAAUGAAAUGCUGGGAGUCGGAUCUAGAGGGAGAGGAGGGAGGAGAAAAGGAGGCAACCAAUGGGAGGCCGGGAGAAGACGACGACGCGCACCUGCAGAAAGUUCAGAAACUCAUCUUUGCUGCUAAGCUGAACGCAGACCUCAAAUCAGUGGAUGAAGAUAAAGACAGAGUGUUUGCGAAGCUGAAUGAUGAGAUCAAAGCAAAAGAAGACCUGCAGGUGAGCAUUGAGGAGAUGGAGAAGGAGAAGUUGUCCCUGCAGUCUGACGCCGAGAAUUAUACGGGCCAGGUCGAACGGAUACAACAGAAACUGCAAAUCAUGACAGAAAUGUACCAGGAGAACGAGCUCAAGCUGCACAGAAUGCUGACUGUGGAGGAGAAGGAGCGUCACCAGAAGGAGGAGAAGUUGAAUAAAGCUGAUAAAAACAUUGCGAUGGCGAUGGAAGAACUGAAUAACUACAGAAAACGAGCGGAGGAGAUGGAAGAGGAGCUGGAGAAAACAAAACAGUCGUAUCAGACUCAGAUCUCUGCCCACGAGAAGAAGGCUCAUAAUAACUGGUUGGCAGCGCGGUCAGCAGAGAGAGAGCUGGGAGACUUCCGAAGAGAGAACGCCCUCCUCAGACAAAAACUCACAGAUACUCAGUUUAAACUGGAUUCCCUCGAUAAAGACCCGUACGCCUUGAACAACCUGGCUAGACCGCUGCCUUUCCGAGCUGAAAGGUCGCCUUAUGGUCCUUCUCCUCUGGGCCGACCCUCGUCUGAAACGAGACCUUUCCUCUCUCCUCCAAUAUUAAUGGAUGGGCUGCCUGGUAGGCUGUCCCCCAGAGUAUCUCGUGGUCCAGGGGAGCCCCCAAGUGGCCAAGCAGAGAUGGAGCGCAGUGGAGGUCCUCAUUCAGACAGCGGUUCAAACUCUCCCACAUGGGAGAGAGAUCGCAGGGGUCCCCCGCCAGGACCUCCUGGGCCUCUGGUACCCCCAGGCUACAUGUUUCCAGAACCAGGGGGUCCCAUGUUCAGGAGGCCUCCUCCAGGGGCUUUGGGGCCUUUGCCUCCUGGGCCCCUCCCACCUGGCCCUAUGCCACCUAGAGGUCUCCCCAUGGGACCGCCUCACCCUCUGGACAUGGCAGACGGCUCGUUCAGAGAAAACCGCCUUGGACCCGGUGAACAGGACCACAGAGAGUCUGGUCCUGGUGGUCAGAGGACUCCUCCUGAACUGGAUCUGAGGAUGGGUGGCCCUCCUCCACCUGGACCCCCAGGGAUUCCUAUAGAUGGCCCCUUUCCUCGUAGAGCCCCGUAUGGACCCCCUCCCGAUUUCUACCAUCCCAGGAUACCCGGGGGUCCUCCCAUGAGGCCCAUGUGGCCUUCCCAUCCGCAAGGAAUGAUGCUUCCUCCUCGUUUCUCUCCUGGCGGACCCCUUCCUCCCGCUCCUAAUCCCAACACCCCCUACGGCCCGCCCAUGGCGCUACAUCCAUCCGAUGGCCCUCCUCCUCCUCGUCAGCAGUCCCUGCCUUUGCCACCUCAAAACCAGUCACCAGAGAACAGACCUUCGCCCGAAGAUGCCAUCUAACCCCGACGGUUUCCAUGAGGAUUCAUUUCUGGUUCAGCUCAGUAGCAGAUGGAAGAAAAGUGGAGUUCCCUUCAUUCUGCCCCAGCUAUUUAUUGGCCAGGAGGGAUAUUUACUGAACGGUGUUGGUAGAGCAGAAACGCCAAUCUCCAUCAGGCUGAUUUGGUCCUGUAAGAGCCUCAGUUCUGUUUCUCCUACAUGUAAAACCUUUUCUUCUCCACCCCGUCAUCCAACCACUUCAUUUUAAAAUCAACAGCUUUGUUGAUGCUUAACUUCUACCUUUGUGGGGUAAAGCUAUCGUAUUGGCAAGACACAUUGUUACCUGGAUCUUAUGUUGAAAAUGCACAUGGACUGUUUGACAUUUGUAUACAAUUCAGGUCAAUGACGGAAAGAAAAAUAAAUGAACAACAUAUUUUGACAGAAACACACCUUUUAUGCCUGACAUGGUCACUUUUUUCCCCCCACACUAGUUUUUAAAACGCGUUUUUGUUUUGGCAUUUUUAUUAACAUGAUUUUCUUUGAAGCAGCCACGUCAUCAUACUUGAUCUUCCUUAGAGGUCAAACGAGUGUUUUAAAAUUCGCAAAAAAAUUAAGAGUACCCUUUGAAAUUCAAUAGACUUUCCAUUCAUCUUCUGUCUUAGUUUCAAACCAGGAGAGCAGGUGUACAGCGGUGCUUCUGCUGCCGUUACGGUGACUUACAAAUGAAAACUGACUGCAAUCAAGUCAAAUGGACUGACUGGAAGAGAGGCUCCCAGAUGUCAGCUUUGUGAAUUUUGUAAAAAGUGAUUUGAUAGAUGAAUAAAGACUUUUAAAACUUUC